UCUCCCCGGAGCCCAGUGGCUCCUGCUUCUCAGCAAGGCCCGGUGCCCUCUCUGCCUUUGCUCUGAAACCGGGGCCAGCAGGCUUCCGGGGUGGCUGUGGAGGGUGUCUGUGGCAGCCAGGAACGCAUGGAAGGAUCUGCGUGCGGUUGAAGCAGGGGUGUCGCUGUAAUUGAACGGAUGGGAUCAAAGAACCUGGCCCCUCAGAUCCUGAGGGCCCCGUCCUCCAUUCCUCCUUGUGUUCUUCACUAUCUCCCUCACUCCGAGGGGCUGCUGGGGAGAGGGACCCAGAGUUCAUCAUGAGCCAAUUUAAUUUUGGUGGUAGUGGUGCCACUGGAGGGGGCUUCAAUUUUGGGACACCAAAGACAGCAGCCAGCACGGCCCCCACGGGAUUUUCCUUCUCAACUGCUUCUGGGGGAGGCUUCAGCUUUGGGACACCUGCUCAGAACCCUCCAAGCACCCAGCCUGCAGGCCUCUUUGCCCUUGCUACUCCAACAACAACAACCACACAGAUGUCUGGAUUCAGCUUUGGCACACCUGCCACGUCUGCCCCAGCUGGAAAUGUCUUCACAUUGGGGGGAAAUGCACCUAAGCUGACCUUGGGUAGCACUGGCACAGCUGCAGCUCCUGGCAUAACAGGUGGAUUUGGACUUGGCAGCAGUGGUGGGCUGGGCGGCUCUGUCCCAAGCAGCACGCCUGCCAGCCAGCCAGUGGCUCCUUCAGGCUUUGUCUUUGGUUCGACGACCACUACCCAGCCUGCCACGACUGGAGGUUUCAGCUUUGGAGGUGGGGGAGUCGCCCAGACCGGAACCCCCAACUUCAGCCUUGGCUCAGUGGGGAAUGCGACACAGCAACCCACGCCCACUGGGUUGACGUUUGGAGUGGCCCCUGCCGUGGCCAGCACCCCCAACACCACAGCAGCUGCAUCACAACCAGCUACAGCUUUCAGCCUGGGAACGCAAUCCACAGGUUCAGGAUUUGGGCUCUUGGUUUCAGCAGCAGCUGCCGCCGCCGCCUCUGCCACUUCUGCCCCCACAGCGACACUAAGCCAGGGACCCUCCUUGUCCUUUGGGUCCAAACUUGGAGGUACAGCUGCCACGUCCACAGCCCCCGCCACCACAACUGUAAAUUCCCUCCUUGGGCUCUCUGGGCCUUCGCUUUUUGCCUCCAUUGCAAGCUCCUCUGCACCAGCAGCCUCUACUGCAACCAGCCUCUCGCUUGGCACUCCCUUGACUGGUAUGGCCCCUGCUGUGACUUUGGGGUUUGGCUCAAAAGUCCCUGGAACGCUGACAGCAGCGGCGGCGACAGCCACCACAACAGCCAGUACCACACCUGUCCCCAGUACAGGAUUCACCUUGAACCUGAAGCCCCUGCCCACAACCGGAACUGCAGCCACCACGUCCAGUGUGGCCGCCACCACUACAGUCACGGCUCCUCCGGUGAUGACCUACGUGCAGCUGGAGAGCCUGAUCAACAAGUGGAGCCUGGAGCUGGAGGACCAGGAGAAGCACUUCCUUCAGCAGGCCACGCAGGUCAAUGCCUGGGAUAGGACACUCAUCGAGAACGGGGAGAAGAUUACAUCUCUGCACCGAGAAGUGGAGAAAGUGAAGCUGGAUCAGAAGAGGCUGGACCAAGAACUGGACUUCAUUUUAUCCCAGCAAAAGGAGCUGGAAGACCUGCUGAUCCCACUGGAAGAAUCUGUGAAGGAACAAAGUGGGACCAUCUACUUGCAGCAUGCGGAUGAGGAGCGGGAGAAGACCUACAAACUGGCUGAGAACAUUGAUGCACAGCUGAAACGCAUGGCUCAAGAUCUGAAGGACAUCAUCGAGCACUUGAACACAUCUGGAGGCCCUGCUGACACAAGUGACCCCCUUCAGCAAAUCUGCAAAAUCUUGAAUGCACACAUGGACUCUCUUCAGUGGAUUGAUCAGAAUUCAGCCCUGUUGCAGAGGAAAGUUGAAGAAGUGACCAAGGUUUGCGAGAGCCGGCAUAAAGAGCAAGAACGCAGUUUCCGGAUUACAUUUGACUGAGAUGGACAGCAAGGCCUCUCCUCAAAACACAAGCUUCAGAAACAGUACUUGGAAAAUGUAUAGCUGUAGCUGAAUUGCAACACUUCUUUUAUAUAGUACAAUAAAAGCCCUUUUAGAAAGGAAA